GAAUUGUCAAAAUAAAUAACAAAUACUUGAAACACAGGCAAUAUAUAUAUAUAUAUUGCUUUAAUUGUUAAUUAUAAAAUAUAAUAAAUAAAAAAAUGAGUCGGAAUAAUAAUAGAGAGCUUAUUGUCAAAAAAAUCCUCAGUGCUGGUACCAAAAAUGUUACUUUUAAUCCAGGAACAAAAGUUAAUUUUCAUUUUAAAACAACCAAGUGUGAUGAUAACGAAACUGUUAUUGAUGACAGUCGUUUGUUAGGAAGACCAAUGGAGCUUGUAUUGGGUAAAAAAUUUAAAUUAGAAGUUUGGGAAACUAUUGUACAAAAAAUGGCUUUGAAUGAAGUCAGUAAGUUCACCGUAGAUAAAAGCCUUGUCACUUCUUAUCCAUUUGUAUCAAAAACAUUGAGAGAAGUCGAUAAACCACAAAAUGAAAAAGUUAAUAGGCAUUGCUGUGGUGUAACUUUACAAAAUGAAGGUGUUGGAUAUAGUGAUUUAAAUGAAUUACUUAAAAAUCCUCAAGAUUUAUCAUUUACUAUAGAAUUACUUAGUGUUGUUCAUUCAGACGAAUAUGAAAAAGAGUUAUGGCAAAUGACAGAAAAAGAAAAACUAGAGUACAUUCCAGUAUUACGAGAAAAAGGCAAUGAAGAAUUUAGAAAAAAAAAUUAUGAUUCCGCUUCUGAGAAAUAUCGAACUGCAAUAGGAAUAUUGGAGCAAUUAAUGCUAAUAGAAAAACCAAAGGAUGAAGAAUGGACGAAAUUAAAUAAAUUAAAAAAUCCAUUGUUACUUAAUUACGCACAGUGUAAAUUACUGAACAAAGAGUAUUAUGAUGUUAUUGAACACUGCACUACUGUGUUGGAAAAUGAACCAGAUAAUGUAAAAGCUCUGUUCCGGAGAGGCAAAGCGCAUAUUGGAGCAUGGAAUCAAAUUGAAGCUACUAAAAAUCUUGAAAGAGCCGCUGAAUUAGAUCCAACUUUAAAAUCGGUGGUUGAAAAAGAAUUACAAGCUCUUGCAUCAGCUAUAAAAAAAAAAGAAGAAUCUGAAAAACAAAAAUAUACAAGUAUAUUUUCUACUUAAUUGUUAUUUGAUAAA